GGGUCAUGAAACAGUACCAGAUUUCACUGGUGCCUAUCUUCACCCAGCACAGGUUCUCCAUCACAUGCAGUACACAGGCACGAAGAGGUGGAGAUGGCCCUAGGUUUCUUCCUAAAUUUCUUCACCUCACAAGAACCUUGGCGGUCUGGUAUUCCCUCCCAAAAUUUCCUUCUCAUGAAGAUGCCCAUAAUGAUCCACCGGGAGAGUUUUGAGCCAAGUAAACAGGGAAACAGAAUAGAGGACCCCUUUAUUCGCAUGGCCUGUUAAAUCCUCUAGCUUUUCUUCAAAGGUCCAUAAGUAUAUUAAAACUCAAUCCCCUCAUUGUCCUGCUUAAAGCUGAGCCUCCACCAUCUUAAAGCUAACACCACCACAAGGCUCCAACUAAAAGGCAAUAGUUUCUCCAACUGACACCCCCUUUCCCUCAUCUCCUCCCUUUAACUCUACUGUCAUUCCCUCCCUCUCAUCACGUUCUAUAAUGCCUCUCAGUUACAGACCUCAUUCAUCUCUCUAUAACACUCCCUUUCACCUCUGAGUCCAAAUACUGUUUCGUCGAUCACCAACACCUCUAGUCGCAGAUCAAAACCUGAACUUUCCUUCUCUCUUUUCAUUCCAUCCUUUUCUUCUGGAGGAUUCCACACUGCAAACGAUUCCUCCGUGAUGAACAAAACCCAAUUUUAUAUCGCCAUUUUCUUCCCCUGUUUCGAUAAAUAAGAAAACAGAGCCAUCUUCUCCUAUCCCUUCAAUCGUAGACAUCGCGCGUCCAAGACUCUUUUUCCUACACUUUGCUUCCUCUGCUUCUGUCGAUCUCGAAAGAGCAAAUCUUUUGGGUUUUCUUCAUUGCUGGAAUUUCUCAUUACACGCAAGGUCCGAACUUUCUGCGCUCCAUCACACCCCCUGCCUCUGCAACCCCAUAAAUUUCGCGUUCUAGAUGCCUUCUGGCCGGAGAAAGUUCUUGGUGCGGCAUCCGGUGGUGGUCGACAUCGGCUGCAGCUGCCGGCGGCCGAAGCUCCCAUCUUUCUUCUCCUUCUCGCAGAAACCCAAGCCGCCGAAGAGUCCCAGUCUCCUCUCCCCUUCGACCACCAUUUCCCACUGGGAGACCAGCCUCACCGCCGCCGCCGCCACCAGCACCACAACAGCCACCGCCACCGACUCCUCUCCCUCACGCUACGGAGACUACACCUCUCCGCAGUAUCCGGCGUCAUACCCACUGGAGAGCCCGCAGAAGGCGGCCGCUACGGGCCAGCGGAAGCCGUACCAGAAGAAGAAGAAGCACAAGUGCCCGGCGACGGCUGCGGCCAAAAUGGGGGUCGUCGAGGGGAGCAUGGCGGUGGUGAAGGAGUCGUCGGACCCGUACCUGGACUUCCGGGACUCGAUGCUGCAAAUGAUCGUGGAGAUGGAGAUCUACGCGUGGGAGGACCUCCGCGACCUCCUCCAUCGCUUCCUCGCCCUCAACGCCCCACGCCACCACCACCUCAUUCUCCGUGCCUUCGCCGAGAUCUUGAACGGCCUCUUCUCACCACCCUAGCCCUCGCCGCCGCCGCCGCCCUCCUCUGCCACCGGCUGCAGACGGCGGUGACGGCACACCCCCGCACGCGGCCGCAACGGCCCACGAAAAGGACAAGAGUUGAGAUCCUGCCACGACCGGGUGCCACGUGGAUAAUCAGAGGGUAACUCCACUGCUGGUGACAGGAUCUCGAAUUCCCAGAACAAAGCUACCAAAAAGAAGCAAUUUGGUGGAAGCUGAAGUGUGUUUCGUUUGAAUGGUUGGAUGCGGUGAAGAUGUUGUGACCUGCGCAAAGCCGCCUGUCGAUGAUGUGAUGGUAUGUGGAGAGCCUUCGCUCUGUUCUUUUGCCUCCUAAAACCCACAUUUACUGCCCGCAGUGUUUGUCUGAGUUCUUCAACGAGUCACUGUCUCAUGGAUCUUCCAGUGAUUCACCUUCUUCUGCUCUACCAGUGCAUGCCAUCAUGCCUUGCGCAGCUUCUGCAUCAGAGAUCAAAAGCAGCAAAAAGAACAGGCAAACAAGCUUCAAGUAUACUGCUAGAUUAAGUAUAUUUGAGCUCAGAUUGAGCUGCAACUCUGAAAAAGAACAAGAGGAAUUAGUUCAGGUUGUUUCUUGCUUUUGAUGGGAAGUUCUAGCUGUAGGUGUAAAAGCAAAUUUUGAUAGGGAUUAGUUGCAGAAAAAAAAACUUAGGAACUACUUCAAAAAUUAAGAUGACAAGUCCUUUUUCAUUGCGAUCUGGUCAAAGUAUACAUAGUAGAACCAAUUAUUCUUUUAAAUAUCAUACACUAAAUGAUAUGGCCUAUACAUCACCAAAUGAAAAUUCUGCUACUGAGAAAUCUCAUUUUCUGUAUGUUAAUAAUCACUUGAUUACCUUUUGGCCAAUUAAGUGGUAAGAGUUGGUGAAUCACAAACUAUGAUCAAUCAGCAAGAAACAGAGUCACUUUGUUUUGU